ACUAUCUUUCUCCUUCCCUUCCGCCUUCUUCUUCCUCCUCCUCAUCACUGUUAACGCAGAGCCUCCGUUUCUUCUCUUCUUCUUAUUCUUCCUCUCUCUUUCUCUCUCUAUACAUAGAUAUUUUCGUCAUCGUUUCUUUUCAUUUUCUUUCCUUGCUUCUCUGGUGAUCGGCACGAGAAAGUGGAAGCACGAGGAGGCUGUGUUUCAAUCGGGAAAAAGUUUGGUGUGGAGAAAAUUAAACGAAUCCUAGAUUUUUGAAAAUAAUCACAGAUCGGGAAUCGGAAAACAUACCAUUGCAAAAUUCGAAUCGAGUUUUCACUUGGGUAUAAUGAUGAGGUAUCAGAGAGUAAGCCCAGAUUGUCUUCCCCUCACAAACGGAGGCAAAAAGCCGAACUUGAGACCUUCACCUUCAAGAGCAUCAAACGAAGUCGCCAGAACAGAAUUCAACGGCGGAUCAUGCACAACCACCACCACAAGCUCAUCCUUAGACGGAGUCCCCAAAGGAUUCCGAUUCAGAUCCACCCAGCAGCAAGAUCCUAGCCCUAGCCGUCGCGGCGGAGGAGAUGUGCUGUUGCAGUGGGGACAGCGAAAGCGAUCGAGAAUCUCGAGAGCCGAGAUCCGAUCAACAACCGCCGCCGCCGAUGAUUCUUCGUCUUCUUCAGGACAAGGUAAGAUGCAAUCGAGCAAGAGUUUGAGAAGAUCGGUAAAUCCGUCUAUGCCACCGCCGGCACCACCUCCGCCGGUUUUCUCUGGCCGGAGUGCUAAAGUUAGAAACGGUUUCGUCGACGGCAAGGAAUUCUUGCUUUCCAGGAAUCUAGAAGAUCGAUCAGCCAACGGAUCACCAUCAAGGAACACCAACGGGCGUAUGGUGUCCAGAUCGGCCGUCUCUAAGCGAUCUCCACCGUCUCCUGACCAAAUCGAGAAGAGAUCAAGCAUCAGAGAUCAUCAUCAUCAUAACCAGAGACAAAACGGGUUCGAUCAUAACCAUCUACAACAGCAUCAGAGAGUGAACAGAUCAGAAUCAACGGCUCAGGCUCAUCCGGAGCUGGAGAGAGACAAUAACAGUGGAGAGAGAGAGAAAGCAACACAUGUGGAAGUGGUAGAGUGGCCAAGGAUCUACAUUGCCUUGUCUAGGAAAGAAAAGGAAGAAGAUUUCUUGGUAAUGAAGGGAACAAAGCUUCCUCAUCGACCCAGGAAACGAGCUAAGAACAUUGAUAAAUCCCUCCAGUAUUGUUUUCCAGGGAUGUGGUUAUCAGAUUUGACUAAGAACCGUUAUGAAGUUAGGGAGAAGAAAAAUGUGAAGAAGCAGCAGAAACGGAGAGGAUUGAAAGGUAUGGAGAAUUUGGACACCGACUCUGAGUAAAUCCCUUCUUCUUUCUUUACAUUCUCUGUGGUUCUUUUCGAUUUCUCUUUUGAGAAAUAUUAAAGAGUGGAAGAAGGACGCAUGUGUGGGUUGCUUGUGUUGCGCGCUUGCGAAAUGGGCCAACAAGAACCAGCGGAUAAGUUACCCUACCUAUAUUUUUGUUUUCUUUGAAUCUUGGUUUAUCCUUAUUUUUCCUUCUUUUGUAUCUUCUUCUUUUUUUCGGUUCGUGUACAAAAAAAGAGGGGUGAAGAUGCAUCUUCAUGAAGAAUCAUAAUUCCCUCUAAUUAUUAAAAAAAAAAAAAAAGAUGCAUGGGUUCUCUCACUAUUUAUGAAAUGAAACUUCUUUU